AUGUCUUCGCAACUCUACUACAACGGCACAAUCGUCACGGUUGACCCGUCAAGGCGGAUCAUACUUGACGGAGCAUUUCUGGUUAUCGACGGACGAAUCAGGGCUAUUGGAAAGACCGCAGAGUCGAAAACAUGGCAGAAUUCGCUAGAGAAUGUUCAGCGAGUCGACCUCCAGCAGCGCAUAGUCAUACCUGGGCUUAUUAACGGCCAUGUACACUUAAUCCAGUCUCUGAUGAGAGGGCUUGCAGAAGACUUGGAGCUCCAUGAAUGGGCUUCAUGUGCGAUCUGGCCACUUGAAGUUUCGUAUCGAGGCGAGGACGGCGCAGCAGCCGCCCGGCUUGCGGUGGCCGAAAUGCUCAAGACAGGGACGACUUGCUUUCUAGAGCCGAUGUUGCCAUCAUCUGCAGAAAGCAAGUUCUCCAGCAUAGUCCAGGCCGUUGGGGAGAUGGGCAUUCGCGCUUGUGUCGGUAAACUUAUUAAGAUCAAUAGAAGCGAUCCAACUGCUGGGAUUCCGGACAGCAGAGACGAGGAUGCCCAUGAGAUGUCGAUCGAAAAAGCACUCGCUUCUCACGGCGAAUUUCAUGGAAGUUUUAACGACCGAGUCCAUAUAUGGAUGGCACCGGAGACACCUCGUGGUCAGGAUCUGGCAGGGUUCCAAGCCGUGGGAUCCGCUUGCAUAGAACAUGGCAUUCGGGUUACAGUUCACUGCUCAGAAGCACCAAAGGAUUUCGAAUUGAUUGCCCAGAACUACACGUCGACACCUGCAGAAUUUUGUCAAACUGCCAAGUUCACUGGACCGCACGUUGUCCUGGGACACAUGGUCCAUCUUGCUGAGGAGGAUUACGCAAUACUUCGGGACACAAAGACUUCGAUCGCGCAUAAUCCCACGAGUAAUGCCAAGCUAGCAGAUGGGAUAGCCCCUAUCCCGCGUCUGCUUGAGGAAGGUGUCAACGUCUGCAUUGGCACUGACGGUGCGCCUUGCAAUAAUGGCCACGAUCUGUUCCGGGAUAUGCACUUGGCUGGACUUAUUCACAAGGGCCGCCAUUGCAAUCCAAACAUACUAUCGUCAGAGCAGGUCUUGGAGAUGGUCACUAUCAAUGCGGCUAGAGCACUUGGAAUUGAAGACCAAGUUGGAAGCUUGGAAGUGGGUAAGAAGGCGGAUUUUGUGGUGCUGAAACAUAGCGGCAUCCAUGCAGCACCGUAUGAUCCGGCGGAAUUGGCAGUAGGGGGUCUGUCGCCGUCGACGCUCUUGGUGCACAGCCUGUCGGGUGCAGAUGUCGAUAUGGUUGUUGUUGAUGGAGAGAUUCUUGUUGAUGGUGGACAGUUCACCAGGCUAGAUGAGGAAAAAAUAAAGAGUGAUGCUCGGAAUGCGAUUUCAAGGAUCAGGGAAAAAUCCGGGGUUAAAGCGCAGCCUUUCAAGAGGGGCUGGCAUUACGUGUAA